UAACCUUAAAAACUUCGUUGAAUCAUGGAAGAAAUAUAUUUAUAGUCUAUUUUUUUCAUGGUUGAAUCUUAUAACUUUCAAUUCAAAUUCAAACGAUUUAAAUUCAAAAAUUGCACUGGACAGCCAAAACUGACACCUCAAAUUAAGUCCUGUCUCUUCUAUUCGUUUGACCAUAUUAGCCAGUAUCCGUGAUUCGGUAAGAUUCCCUGAGUUUUAAUUAACUUCAUCUCACGGACGUAAUCUCUGUUGAAACAUUUGAUUUAGUAACAUUUGAUCACAUAAAAGUGAGUAAGAUUCGCAUCAGCCCUUAAUCUCUCAGGAUGUUUGUUGGCACUGGUCAAUCCUAUUUCAACGCAAGUUCAUAAUGGCAGCUGUCACAGAAUUUGGUCCAGACUCCGGUGGCCGCCUUAAGGGUGUCACUCUGGUCAAACCAAUUGUCUACGGAAAUGUUGCUCACUCAUUUGGGAAAAAAAGAGAAGAGGAUGGACACACUCAUCAAUGGACCGUUUAUGUCAAACCAUUUAACAAUGAAGAUAUGUCUAUUUAUGUGAAGAAAGUGCAUUUCAAGCUGCACGAGAGUUAUGAAAAUCCCAAUCGUGUUAUAACCAAGCCACCCUUUGAGAUCACAGAAACUGGUUGGGGAGAGUUUGAAAUAGUCAUCAAAUUAUAUUUCCAUGACACAAAUGAAAGGCCUGUAACAGUCUACCACAUGCUGAAGCUUUUUUUAACAAAUCCGGAUGUUUUAGUUACUAAAAAAACUCUUGUAUCAGAGUACUAUGAAGAAAUAGUGUUUCAAGAUCCAACUGCGUUCAUGGAAAAGUUAUUAACAAAUCCUCAACCAGCCACCAUAGGCCCGUGGAAACUUGAAACUGAUUUUGAUGAAAAGAAGGAGAAAACCCUACAAGCCAUUUUAAAUGCCAAAAAGAAGAUUAGACAAGAAAUUAGUGAGUACAAGGACCGGCUUAAAAAUGCUAAAGAAACAAUCACUAAAUUCAAGAAUGAAAUUGGUAAACUUCAAAGUGAUAAACCAGCUGAGGCAACUGUAAAUAAUGAAUUAUAAAAAACUUACUGUAAAUAAAGUUCCUACUUUUAUAUAAA